AUGCCGAAAUAUGAGCUCCAGGAGACGCUUGCAAGCGGGUCUACAUCGAAGGUCAAGAGGGCAGCCGCUCCCGGAAAUGCAAAGUGCGUAGUCAAGGUGAUAAGAAAGAAGGACGUGCCCUUGCGAGUCUUUCUAAGGGAGGUUAAGAUACACCGGUCGCUGAGGCAUCCAAACAUAGUUGGGUUUGUCGACUCGUAUGAGGAUUGCCAUGGAUACUGUAUAGUGAUGAAGCUUGGGUGCGGAGAGGUGGGGAGCAUGAUACGGGCAGGUGGAGGGCUGGACCCGCUUCUAGCCCAUUUCUAUUUCAGGCAGCUGGUUUCUGCUGUGGAGUAUUUGCAUGGAAAGUGCAUAUGCCACCGGGACAUAAAGCCUGAGAAUAUGCUUAUUGAUAGUGCUGGGAAUCUUCUCCUGUCGGACUUUGGGUUUUCAACUGUGUUUUUCCAUAAGGGCAGGAGGAGGAGGCUGCGAUCGCCCGCAGGAAGCCUUGAGUACAUGGCUCCAGAGGUCUUUGAGGGGGCUUAUGAUGGAGAACUUGCAGAUGUGUGGUCUUGCGGAGUAAGCCUUGUUGUAUUUCUGACUGGAGCGCUUCCGUGGGAUAGGGCUGUUGAGUCUGACGAAAGGUUCUCUGCAUUUGUGUCCUCACGGGGUGGUUGUCAAGUGCCGCUUAGCAGUAUAGGGGACCAAGCGAUGGGGCUUGUGAUGAGGAUGACGGCUAAAGAAGAUAGACGGCCGUCGGUCUCAACGGUUAUGAAGGAUCCUUGGGUCAUGCAGCCCAACGAGCUCCUUGAUGAGUCUGGGCUUUGUAGAGACUCCUGCCGCCUGUUCAGCUUGGUUCCGCGGCAGACUGGAUCGGCACUCCACUUUACCCAGCCUGGUGAGGUGCACAAGACACCGAGAACACGUCCCGUCUCCUCACAGCCUAGGAGAGCUGGAUCUGGAGACAUCUGCAGGGUAUAUAUCGGUGAAGAAAGCCUGAGGCUCGCUUUAAGAAGAGUGUGCGAGGCUCUUGAUGGGAUGGUGGUCUCCCAUAGAAUUGCAAAGGAGCAUGUGAUGUUUUCCACUGUGGAUUCCAGAAGAUCUGUGCUUUCCGGGGAGGUUGGAGUCAUAAGACUGGAUGAAGGCUGCUGCAUGACCAUCCGGAGAGCAAAGGGAGAUCCCCAGGAGUUUAAGAGGUUUACAAGGGUGCUUGCAGAGUCUCUUGGGUGCAAUGGCAGGAAGUGCACAAUAUUAUAUAAUGAGAUUUGA